AUGCCACCCACACCAAAGAAGAAGCCUACCUUAGAUGAAAUAUCACAACGCUUUUAUCUCCCUCUUCAAAAAGCUGCGGAUGACAUGGGUAUUUGCCAAACUUUACUGAAGAAGUUUUGCAGGCAAUACGGCAUUUCAAGAUGGCCUUACCGUAGAAUACGUUCCAUUCUGCUAAAGGAGAACGAUACAAUCGAUGAAGAAACUUUUAAGCUUAGAGUAGCAGAAUUCAUCAGAAAUAAUUCAGAUAUUAUUUAUUCAUCGGAGAAGGAGAUAGAGACCUCUGACUUUUCAUUGGCAUCCAUUCAAAACCAUCAGGAACCUUCAUCAAACAUUGCCCAUCCAUUGAACACAGAGUAUAUUUCAUUUCCAACUUCUCACACCAACAUUAACUUGUCCGUACAACAACCUUUUCCCUUACAUACCGAUUCCUCAGCAAUGAAUUGGACGAGCACAUCUUCACCUCCGCCCAAUAUACAGCAUCAUGUGCAGCCAGUAGAGCAGCCACAAAUGAAGAUUUGUUGUUCGCCACUACGUGCCUCCACCUCAACUACUCAGUUUUCUAAUGUUGCUGGAGACAUUUUCUCGGCAUUUUCUGGAAGCAAUUCUCAGAAUUAUUUCAACUCAGAUCAUGCCCUUCAUUCAUCAUCAAAUCUAACACUAGCAAGACCCAAGUUGAUGAAAGCAAAUAGUCAUAAUUCAAUUUCAUUUUCUAAUCAUCAGGAUCAACAAAGCAUGCAUUCUCGACCUCUUAUUGGUUUUUCUAUGGAAAACCCCUCUUGUCAACUACACCAAAUACCCAUUCCCCCUCAAAAUCAACCUGUAUAUUCUCAAGUGAGUAGCAAUAGUAUCAGCACAUGUAGUAGCAGUAGCAGUUUGAGUGAUCUUUCAACCUCUUUUUCGAACGUGGAGGUCGAUCAAGAGAGUGCAUUGUUGAGAAGAACCUCACAAAAUGCAACCAAGCCUCCACCCCUUAAAAAAAGUUCCUCUCUCACUGCAGUCAUGCAACCAAAAAGAAUUCAAAAGAAGAAAGAAAGCUCAGCCAUUAGCACAUGUGCAGGAAACGUUCAAAAUCUGGUUCAAAAUGUCACCACCAGCUUAACAACAAAUGCGUCCACGUUCCUGACUUCAUCUACGCAAUUUACUAAUUGUAAUGAGCAAUCAGGUCUGCACCAUCAGCCUCACGUUGAGAACUUUCCUUCCUCUACAUCUCUGCACAUUGCAAGGCCAGUGUUUGUAAAGUCAAAAUCUCAAGGCCAUCUUGCAAUUCAACCCAAGCUUCUACCAAGUCUGAAUGAGUUGUUUGGAGAGAAAUUUGUUGAGGAGACCAAACCUCAUUCUAAUCUAUCCACAACUUACAUACACCCUUGUCAUGAACGUUAA